AUGAUGCAAUUAGCAGCAUGGUAUCAGAAGAAAAUUAGCUCUUAUGACAAGGAAGAAUGGGAAACUAUGGUGGAACAACUUCUUAUGCGAGGAACCUAUCGCCGACGUAUCGUUGAUUCAUUCUCGUCGCAUGCACGAUCCUACCUUAUUGACGUGGACUUGGUUAGAGGUUCUUCAUUCCCAAAAGCGAAACCCACACUGGGUAUGCGCCGAGUAGUAUGGUUUGCAUUGGUGCGACUAGUAUUUUUUCCGGCGCUCUACCAAUGGUGGGCUCAACAGACAUCCCCAGCGUGCUCUAAAUUCUUACUUGGCUUAUGGUCUUUACAAGUCCUAAAUAUGACUCUUUAUUUUAUGGCUCCAAGCACCAUGGAAAUAGAUCCCAAUUGUUGGCUUCUGCCCUUGGCUUUGAUGGUAGUCUUAAGCGUGGUGCACUCACAAAUUGUUAGUACAACAGAGAUGGAAUUGGCACGUGUGCGACCACGUUCUACGUAUCGACGAAAAUUACCGCGUUAUUUUCGAAGAUCAACAUCAGAUUGCAAUGGAGGCAGUGGCGGUGGAUCAGCCGAAAGCGGAGCUACUUCAAGUCAAAGCAAAACUCCGGCUAAUAAACACACCAAAUUCAGAAGGCGACUAUCAAGAUCUGAUAUAACUGAUGCUGGACUUAGAAAACGGAAAAAAGAAGCCAAAGAUCUUAUAAAAAAGCAAGAACUUCCUGUUAAGAUCAAAUCAGAAGUUAAAAGUAAAGCAAAAGAUUCUGAUGACGAAGAUUACAUGGCAUGGAAAAAACCAGAUUCAAAUGCACCUAUAGUAACUUUCACUCCACCUCCAGAUGAUGCCACUCCUAGCUCAUCUUUCACAUAUAAGCCUAAUAUACUGACUAAAAAGUAUUUAGAAAGUUUUAAUGUGAGACAAAAUCAGCAAAACAAUAUCGGGAGACCAUUUUUUGCUGACGGUGAUGACGGGUUCGAAAGUCUCAAUGGUUACAACUCAAAUGGUAGUGAAGGCGAUAAUAAAGUAAAAGAAAUUGACAGAAUAAAUCCACCUAUUGCAAAUAUAUCUAAGGAAAAAACUAUUCCAAAACCAUCUGUAUUGAAUGAAACAGAAAAUCAAAUAAAUGAAGUGACAAAAGAUUUUUUUAAAAAGAUCAAAAACGACGAUGACGAUAAGUCUAUUGACCCAGACUCAGAUGGUGGAAUUCUUAGAAACAAUACUUCCAUACGUAAAAGAAUUGGAGUACGAUUUAGAAAAUCAUGGGGACAGGAGACGGUGCAACCGGAAUCUAGCGACGAAGAUUUUACUUGUGCAAAGAAAAAAGAAAAAAAACUAGAUAAUUACCAGUCUUCAUCAUCUGAUGGGGAAUGUUCUGCUUCGGCGCCAUCUAUUGCACUACCUUCGCACCAUACCAUGUCAGAUUGGGUUGGGCAAAUAACUAACAGUGAAGAGAGUAGUUACUGCUCACAAUCCGAAGGUGGUCACUCGGAUGUCGGUUUCCACUAUACUGCCGACAGUUCUUGGGAUCCCUUCAGUAUACUCGAUUCUACUAGCGAUACAGUAAAGUGCACAAUGUGGGAGCGUGGGUCGACGUUGCGUGCGGAGUUGUCCGCCGUGGACAUAAGCUGGUGCGUGGUGGCGCGCGCCGAGCGAGCCAUGGCGGCGCACGGCAGCCUGUGGCCGGGGCUCGUCAUGGCAGCCGUGGUGGCGCUGGUCACGCCUGCCAUGCGCUUAGUGCAGAUGGCCAUUGAUAAAGACACUAGGAGCGAGGAAGAGUUACAAGCGCUGUCUCUUUUUUCCUACAUACCGUCUCUUGUUAUCAACUACAGUAGAGGCUCGCCGUAUUCCUUGUUUAGCGGUGCGUUCGGAGAUAACGUGUGGGAAAUAAUAACUAACAUCCUAUCGUGCAUUCUUCGGUUCGCUCUAAGCGGUCUAGUGUUCUUCCUGCUUGCGGUAGCUGAGCGAGCUUUUAAGCAGCGCUUUCUUUACGCCAAGUUGUUUUCUCAUCUGACUUCGGCGAGGCGAGCGAGAAAGUCGGAACUACCACACUUCAGGCUUAACACUGUCAGAAACAUAAAAACCUGGCUUUCCACGAGGUCUUAUUUACGCCGACGCGGUCCACAGCGUUCCGUGGAUGUGAUAGUGUCGGCGGCAUUUAUGCUCACGUUGAUUCUUCUCGCGUGUGUCAGUGCACAACUACUUAGGGACUCUGUUGCACUUGAAUGCGGUUGGUUACUUGAAGCAAUGGUAUGGAGUUGUUGCCUUGGGAUAUACCUCCUACGUUUGUUAACUCUUGGAAGCAACGUGAAUCGCAAAUACAGGGGCUGCCUAUCCGCCAUCUUGACCGAACAGAUUAAUCUCCAUCUUGCCAUAGAGCAGCGACCAGAGUGUAAAGAACAACUUACUGUUGCAAACAAUGUUUUAAAGUUAGCCGCCGAUCUCCUUAAGGAACUGGAUGCCCCUUUCAAGAUAUCAGGAAUUUGUGCCAAUCAUUAUUUGUACACAAUCACUAAAGUUGUGAUAUUGUCAGCACUCUCCGGCGUCUUGUCCGAAAUGUUAGGCUUCAAGUUGAAACUCCACAAGAUUAAAAUUAAAUAA